GUGCUCCCACUGACACAAUUCCCACCCAAACAUCCACUCUCAGCUGUGGCAAACACUCCUUGGAGCAAGAGGCUGAGAAAUCCCAUUUGGCAGGGAAGAGAACAUUCUGCAGAUCCAGUUGUGCAGUUCAGGGUUGUUUCUGUAAAAGCUCCGAGGGAGGGAUGGCUUCCUGCAGGAUAAGAUCCUUCCAGCUCUGGAACUGGGGCAGGAAUGGGCUGAAGGUGAUCCAGCAGCCCUUGGCACAGUCAGAAUGUGCUGCUGAGUGUGGCAUUGUCAGCUGGGGAGAAAACACUGCACCUUGUCAGGAAUUCCAGCCUGAGCUGUCACCAGAACUGGGCUUUUUCAGUCAGAGAUCCGAUUUUCCCCUCUAGAGCAGAUUAAAUAUUUACUCUUCACCGAGGAGUCACCUCAGAAUGUGAGAAACUGCUUCUGUCAUAGGUAAUUGCACCUGGGGGGGCAUUAAGAAAAUGUGCUUCUUGCUCCUCUUAUCACAGAAUUUCCCAGGUUAUUGUUUGUGAAAGAGGAAACAACUGGAAGCCAAAUAACCAGGCUGCUGCUGGAGAUUUGCUUUCUGCUUUUUAAUUAAGAGAAUUGAAUGGUGCAUUUGGGAGUUGUGUUACUGCUCUUCCCCCAGUUAAUCCCACAAACGUGGAAUGGAAUAGAACUGCAGAGUGCCAAAAUCUUGGACACUUUUCCAGUUUUCCUGAGCAGGCCAAAGUCUGAAUAUAGAGGAACUUGCCUGAGUAGAUAGAAAUAGCUCAUUUGCUGUAUAGUUAUAGAAAAUUGGCUCAUAGUUUUUUGUAAGGCUGAGACCAUUUUCCUUCUCCCUUGGCCAAUAUAUAGAAGGCAAUUCAUGGAUAAAUCAUGUUCAUAAGUCAGAGUAAUUCCUGCAAUUCCCCUGGAGUUAUCCAAGGCUACUAAAAGCAUUUCUCAAGAUCCAGGUGUUUCUUCUGUGGUUUGCAAGAAGCAGUUUGAAAGCUGAGUGUCACCAGUGAAUCUUCUGUGCUGAGCUGUGGACCAGGCUGCUGGCUUUUGCUGGAGAGGGUGAUGGGAUCAGCCAUGGCUCUGUGUUCUCCUUAGCCAAAUGUCCAAGGCUGGCAGUGGCAGGACUCUGCUUUCCCUGAAUCUCCCAUGGUUUCCCAGUUGUUCAGUCCCAGCUGGGCCCUCCCAGGACAUCAUCAUGAUGAGCAGCUUCUCAGAGAGCAUCUCUUCCAUGGGCCUGUGGGACAGAGCCUCUCCUAAGUUCUUGCCUUGAACAUCUCAGGAAGUGUCCAAGGCCAGGUUGGACGGGCUUGGAGCAACCUGGGAUAGUGGGAGGUGCCUCUGCCCAUUUGUUAGAUAAAUGAAUGGAAGAUCUUCAAGGAUUUUUCCAACCCAAACCAUUCUGGGAUCACCUGCAGUUUUCCUGUGUUUCAUGUCAGUAGUCCAGAAUCAGUUUCCAGGAGAACAUGGUGACACAUCUUGGUGAUGCUCAAGUGAGUGACUCUUGACUCCUGGUUUCUCCUUGGAUUUGGUGCUCAGCUGGAAAUUCCAGUUUUUGGUGGUACCAGUGAUCUCUGUGCUGGCUUCUGAUUCAUUGCUGAAACUUACCCUGCAUUCCUGCAGGGGAUUCAGAAACGCUCUCAGAGGGAAUGCUCACCCCCAGGGUGGUGUGCAGGGAGGUUCCCCAAGCCCUGGCUGCCCAGGGAGCGUGUGUGGGAUGAGGCUGAACAUGGCAUGAGCUGUGCUUGCUGCUGCAGGGAGGAGAUCCCAUCCUGCUCCCUGUUCCCUGGUGCUGCUUUUGGUACCUGCAGGACUGUGCUGGCUGAUUCACUUGUGAGCCCAGCAAAAACGAGUGUGUUUCCUUUUCCUGCCUUGGCUUUCCUUGAGCUUAGGGCUGCAGAUUGUGUCCCUGCACAUCUGCUUAGUGGGAGUGUUGGAGCCUGGAGAAGGGGCAGCUGUCCCUCUCUACCUCCCUGUUUGGGAGGGACUUGUCACAUCUGGAAUUGUUAUCACACUGAUCUCACCUCGCUGGACCUGCUGCUGGAAAAGAAGGCCCUUGCCAGUGCUGGCCAUGGCAGUGAUGCAGAUUCCAGAGACUUACUAAAGGAAUUUCCACAACCUAAAAACUUGCUCAACAGUGUGAUUGGCCGAGCCCUGGGCAUUUCCCAUGCAAGAGACAAGCUGGUGUACAUCCACACUAACGGGCCAAGGAAAAAGAAAGUCACUCUCCAUAUAAAGUGGCCAAAGAAUGUGGAAGUGGAGGGCUAUGGGACCAAGAAGAUCGAUGCGGAGCGGCAGGCGGCGGCUGCAGCGUGUCAGCUCUUCAAGGGCUGGGGCUUGCUGGGCCCCCGGAACGAGCUCUUUGAUGCGGCCAAGUACCGGCUGCUGGCCGACCAGCUGGGCUGUCCCGACGAGCGCUGGUGCUCCGAGGGCAAGUGGCGCUCCAAGUCCGGGCCCUCCCUCGCCGACCUGUCCACCUGCUGGCGCCGCAUGGAGCCCGACGAUGCCAUCCAGCCCAUGGAGCAGGGCAGGAUGCCCAAAGCCAUGAGGAGGGAGGAGCUGGAGGAAGGGGAGCUGGAGGAGGGCGAGCUGGAGGAGGGCGAGCUGGAGGAAGAGGCCAUCGAUGUUUCGGAUUACCUGCCCAUGGCACACCAGGACACCCGGACCCCGGGCAGAGACGCCAGCCGAGGAGGCAGUUCCAUUGAAAUGACAGACGACAACACCGCCAUCCGUGCCCUGACACAGUUCCCGCUUCCCAAAAACCUCCUGGCCCAAGUGAUUCAGAUUGCAACCUCUUCCUCCACAGUCAAGGAAUACAUGCAGUUCCGCACCGUGGGCACCAAGACCAAGAUCUGCAAGCUCACACUGCGCUGGCCCUGCCCCAUGACCUUCGCUGCCAAGGGCCGGCGCAAGGUGGAGGCCGAGAACAAGGCAGCAGCGCUGGCCUGUCAGAAGCUGAAGAGCCUUGGCCUGGUGGACAAGAACAACAACCCCCUGAGCCAUGCCAUGUACAACAUGACUUCCCUGCGGGAGCUGGGUGAGAACCAGAGGAAGCCCUGCCACAUCAAAGUCCCUGAGGCCACCCUGCGCAAGAUUGAGAACUACCUGAACCACUAUCCCGUGGACAUCAGGGAGUCCCGGCCCCGGAUUGCUGACGACAUGAUGAACCUGACCAAGGAAUCCGGAGCGAUCAGCGAUGCCAUCACGGGGAAGACUUACAUCCCCAUGCUGGAAGCAGAGGAAGUGCGCCUUAGCCAGAACCUGCUGGCCCUCUGGAAAAGGAGAGGAGCCUCCUGGCAGGAGAGCCACCCGCUGCCAGUGGACCCUCACAAGGACACCAUCCUGUCAGCCAUCGAGCAGAACCCCGUGGUGGUGAUAGCAGGAGACACGGGCUGCGGGAAGACCACGCGGAUCCCGCAGCUGCUGCUGGAACACUACAUCCUGGAGGGGCGCGGCGCGCGCUGCAACGUGGUCAUCACGCAGCCCCGGCGCAUCAGCGCCAUCUCGGUGGCCCAGCGCGUGGCGCAGGAGCUGGGGCCCAACAUGAGGAAGAACGUGGGCUACCAGGUGCGGCUGGAGAGCAAACCCCCCGCCCGGGGAGGAGCCCUGCUCUUCUGCACCGUGGGCAUCCUGCUCAGGAAGCUGCAGGGCAACCCCAGCUUGGAGGGCGUCAGCCACGUCGUGGUGGACGAGGUGCACGAGCGGGACGUGAACACGGAUUUCCUGCUCAUCCUGCUCAAAGGCAUCCAGAAGCUGAACCCUGACCUGCGCCUGGUUCUCAUGAGCGCCACGGGGGACAACCAGCGCUUCUCCCACUACUUUGGCGAUUGCCCCGUGGUCAAGGUGCCGGGCUUCAUGUACCCUGUGAAGGAAUACUACCUGGAGGAGAUCCUGGCCAAGCUGGGCCGGCACCGGCACCGGCACUACGAGAUCAAGCAAUCCGACGACGAGUGUGUCCUUGACCUUGACCUGAUCACCGACCUCGUGCUGCAGAUCGAUGCCCACGGAGAGCCAGGUGGGAUCCUGUGCUUCCUCCCUGGCUGGCAGGAGAUCAAAGGGGUGCAGCAGCGGCUGCUGGAGAUGUUGGGCUCACAGAACAGCCGCUACCUCGUCUUGCCAGUGCACUCCAACAUCCCCAUGAUGGACCAGCAGAACAUCUUCCAGAGGCCUCCACCGGGCGUCAGGAAGAUUGUCCUGGCCACCAACAUCGCGGAGACCUCCAUCACCAUCAACGACAUCGUGCACGUGGUGGACAGCGGCACGCACAAGGAGGAGCGCUACGACCUCAAGACCAAGGUGUCCUGCCUGGAGACCGUGUGGGUGUCCAAGUCCAACGUGGUGCAGCGGCGCGGGCGCGCCGGGCGCUGCCAGUCGGGCUUUGCGUACCACCUGUUCCCGCGCAGCCGCCUGGACAAGAUGCCCACCUACCAGGUGCCCGAGAUCCUGCGCACGCCCCUGGAGAACCUGGUGGUGCAGGCCAAGAUCCACAUGCCAGAGAAAACGGCAGUUGAGUUUCUCUCCAAGGCUCUGGACAGCCCUGACAUCAAAGCUGUGGAUGAAGCCGUGAUCUUGCUGCAGGAGAUUGGAGUGCUGGACCAGCGGGAAGCCCUGACCACCCUGGGCAAGCGCCUGGCCCAGAUCUCCACGGACCCUCGGCUGGCCAAGGCCAUCGUCCUGGCCUCCAUCUACCGCUGCCUGCACCCGCUGCUGGUCAUCGUCUCGUGCCUGACGCGGGACCCCUUCAGCAGCAGCCUGCAGAACCGCGCCGAGGUGGACAAGGCCAAGGCCGUGCUGAGCCGGGAGAGCGGCAGUGACCACCUGGCCUUCGUGCGGGCGGUGGCGGGCUGGGAGGAGGUGCUGCGGCGCAGGGACAGCCGUGCCAGGGACAACUACCUGCAGGACUACUACCUGUACGGGCCCAGCCUGCGCUUCAUCAACGGCCUUGUGAAGCAGUUCUCUGAGAACCUCUAUGAAGCCUUCCUGGUGUCAUCCCCGUCCGACUGUACCAUGCCCUCGUCCGUGUGUAACCAGUACAGCGAGGAGGAGGAACUGGUGAAGGGCGUCCUCAUGGCUGGGCUCUACCCCAACCUCAUCCAGGUGCGACAAGGCAAGGUGACGCGCCAGGGCAAGUUCAAACCCAACAGCUACGCGUACCGGACCAAGGCCGGCACCGUGCUGCUGCACAAGUCCACCAUCAACAGGGAGGCGUCCAAGCUCUACAGCCGCUGGCUCACCUACUUCAUGGCCGUCAAGUCCAACGGCGGCGUCUUCGUGCGCGACUCGUCCCAGGUGCACCCGCUGGCCGUGCUGCUCAUGACCGACACCGACAUCCACGUGCGAGAUGACGGCUGGCGAGCGACCGUGUCCCUGACGGACAGCGACCUGCUGGUGCUGGAGGGGGACUCGUACACCAUCCGCCUGCUGCGCGACUUCCGCGUGUCCCUGUCCAAGAUGGUGGAGACGUGCCUGUGCUACGAGAUGGCCGCGAUCCCCGGGGACCUGCACCACCAGCACAGCCAGCUGCUCGACAUCCUGGUGGAUCUGCUCAAGGGCCCUCCCGGCAGCUUCGGCUCGUAGGCGCAGCUGCAGCCUCGUGUGGGGACUUGUAAUUUGUAUAAAGAUGUUCACAAAUGUUUAUUUAAAUAAAGUUCUAUUUAUCCCUUGUGAAGUCAUCUCUCUCCAUCCUAGAAGAUUAAUGUUGUCUGAAUCUCCUGCUGUCGGCUCCGUGCAUGGUCACCGCGUGGGAAGAGCAGCGCAGUCCCGCCGGGAACGGACUGGGAGUGCCGACGGACCCCGAGCUCGGUGGACGCCCGCCCGCCUCCUCCGCUCGUGCCACCUGCCCGGGAACACGGACACGGCCACCGCGGCCCCUCUGCCCCCUCCCCACGGGGCCGGGCCGCAGCCGCUCGGGGCUCCAGGAGGACGGACGUCCCGGCUGUGCCAGGAUCGUGGAUCCGGCGGCUCCGGCAGCCGGGGGAUGGCCCAACCUCGUCUCUCCGCGUGGAGGAAGCCCCGAGAGCGGCGGACGGGGAGGAAUUCCACGCGGGAUCCGAGGGGCCCUGCCGGCCCCAGCACCGUCGUGGCGUCCCAGUGUGAGAUGUGACUCGUCCUUCCCACCCUGCCUGUACUUCUCGUCCUCUUGCGUUGUUCCUGGUUUUUUUUAAAUUCCUGUUCUCCCCGCGUGGAGGAGGCCGGAUCCCUGUCCCUUGUGCACCACAGGACGUGAUUGUAGCUGCCGGGCCGCCUGCGAGCGCCGCUCCUGCGGGAAGCCGGGAGCAGAGGCACAAAACCCUUUGUUUUCUAUGAACAGGGACCAUAUUUCUGUGGAAGGAGGAUUGUGACAGGCACAGCACUCACUGAGGAAUCUGGAGUUUAAUCUCAGCUUUGCCUUGGAUUCUCUGUCCGAAGAAGACAGUGACCUACCUCACAGGGCUGUUGUGAGGGUCGGGGUUUGUACCGGGAGCCUCGGGCCCAGGGCUGUGCCCCCCGGGGCCUGGGCUCCUUUCUUUUUAUUCCCAUUUCUUACGCUCUUUGUACCUGCAGCCGGGAAUGGGAGCGAGGCCGUUUCCAUGGCCCCGGGGCCACCCUUUGCUUCUCCCAGUUGUCCCAUUUCAGUUCCUGCUCAUGGGCUUUCAGGAGCCCUGGCUGUGCCAGCACAAGGCCCGGGGGGCCCUUGGAGUCCUGUGGCCUGGGCUCGCUCCAAUCCGCUCAUCUUCAUUUCACUUGCUUGAGGUUGUCACUAUUAUUUGACCAGUGUUUGUUUCUUUUGGCCUGUAUAAUGGGCAGUAUGGUUUUCCCUUCCAGCAGGUUUAAAAAAAAAAA